AUGGCAAUUUUUUCCGACUUCUUGGCUAUUCUCCUCGCUGCCAGCGUCGUUAGUGCCAUAAACUUCUCAGAGGUUAUCCCGGGUCCUGGCCUCCCAAGCUUGGCCUCGCUCAACCUUACAAGCGAAGCACUCCAUGCCAUGGGGCCUAUAGAAAUCCCCCCAGAUUACCAUAUCGGCGACGUUAAUCCCAUGUCGAAGCGUGAUAACCCCACGCCACCAGCUUGCAUCUACUACGGCGGCGCGCUCAUCGAUCGCGCCAAUAUGCUCAGCUGCGUCAACUUUUUAUACGCUCUCGGAACGACGCCGUGCACCCUCAGCAAUAGCGCUGCUAGUGGGCAGUGGUGUAACGUUGGGAAUGUGGCGUUAUAUGGGUUGAACUGGAACAAUUUACCAACCGUAUCCUCGUACUGCAUCGACGUGGCUGUCGCAGCACAGUGGGUGUAUAACAACUGCAACUACGACAAUGUUAACCAGUGGGGUGGUUUGGCUUAUGUACAUGGGAAUGAUGAUAUAAUUGCGAAUGUUACCAGACAAUAA